CAGACCAGCACUCAUCCUAAGUACUGCUUCUCUCUCAUCGCCCUUCUGCACUCUUGUCUUACAUACUCUUUGUGCUGUGACAUUCGCAAAGAUGAUGGCGUCGUUUAUGAGUUACUUUGGCGGUCGCCGUGACGCUAAGCAAACAUCGCGAAACGCCAUUGUGACUCUGCGGCAGCAGCUGCAGAUGAUAGACAAGAAGGAGGAGUAUCUGCAGAAGAAGAUUGACGAGGAGCUCAAGAAGGCGAAGACGAAUGCUGUGGCGAACAAGGCAGCCGCGACCGCUGCGCUGCGGCGGAAGAAGGCGACGGAGCAAGAGCUUGAGCGACUGCAAGGCACUCGGUUUCAACUAGAGAUGCAAGUCAACACGCUGGAGGCAGCGACCUUCAAUGCGGAGACGAUGGCCGCGAUGAAGCAGGCGGGUGGUGCGCUGAAAGACAUCCACAACAACUUUUCAAUCGCCAAGGUCGACGAGACUAUGGCUGAGAUUCAAGAGCAGACGCAGCUGGCGAAUGAAGUCUCGGAGGCGAUAUCGGCCAAUAACUACGCUGGAGUUGAGAUCGACGAGGAUGAACUGAAGGCGGAGUUGGCUGAGAUUGAGCAAGACGAGCUGAAUGAGCGGCUUAUGGGAGCCGAUCAUGUACCAUUGCACCAGCCCGCGGGUCCAAGCAAGGUCGAGGACAGAUGGCAACCUGCAGCAGAAGAUGAUGAUGAAGAAGCUCAGCUCAAAGAGCUGCAGGCGGCCUUGACAAUGUAACAUACCCAUGUUAAUACUCUCACUUGUACCUCUCCACCGCAUUCCCGACUGGUUAUCUACUGUUACAUUAUGUUCUAGGAUUGUCCUGUCUUCUUAGUGCUGUCCUGAUCCUCCACUGCUGUAUAGUCGUUGCAUAUUUCUCUGAGCCAUGGA